AUGGCCUUGGAGGAGCGCAAGCGCGCGUUUGCGGAGCGCGAUAUGGCCCUACACCAGCGUGACGCGGCCAUCGCAGAGCGCAACGCGGCCAUUCACGAACGCGACGAAGCCAUCCGCUUGCACCACAGCAGCAACACAGAAGCAACAGUUGUAGACGAGAGCCCUAAGCCACAACAGCACAGGAGAGGGAAGCGCGCAAAGAGGGCUUCUAGCAAGAGGAGCAACUCUGCUGCUUCGGUUUGUAAUAAUUGGGAGGAAGAUGAGCAGGGGUUCGGGAGUGAUGGGAGUGAGUCUUGGAAGGACAAUUUGGGGCUGAAUCAGAUAAAUUUUGACGAGUCUGCAAUGCCUGUGCCUGUUCAACAAUUAAUACAAGAUGCAAUUGAUCCGGAUCGAUUGUGCCAUAUGUUUCCUGGAUGGGGUGCCUGGCUGUGA